AAUAUUGUGCUGGUCAUGCUUAUAUUCUGUUAAAGAGAAUAUAGCUUUCUUUAAUACGUCAUAAAAACUAAUCAAAGUAAAUUACUGUACAUGUUACAUGAAAAAUUUGAAAAAGCUUCAUAAAUUAAAGUGAUUUGUUAGCAAGCACUGAUGUGGCCUUUGUGAAGAUAAGAAUUUCGUUUAAUUUGGGGCCUAUAUUGUAAGAAGCAUUUCCGGAAAUAUUAAUUUUGCGUCGUAAACUUUUCGAAGAUCAGUCUGGUAAUGUAAAACACGAGUUUUUUUUUCAGUCAGUCUUUUUGACGAUAAAUGAAUUCUGCUUGGUGCCCACUUACGGGCAGCGCCAGAUGAUCGCUGUGGAAUGGAUGUCCCUCGAGACUAGACCACGUGACCAUCACUGCCACGCGACGUCAGUGGCAGAUGGCAUGGAUACCAGCUCUCGCAGUUGGCAUCGGUGUCAUUUCUCAAACGAGGGAAAGAAGUGAAGAGGGGGAGAAAGAGAACGGGAGAGAAAACAGAAAGGGUGGGAAAGGAGAGGACUGGAAAACCCGGCAGACAUUUCCGCUGUAAAAAAGGUGCUAUCGCCGAAACGGAGCUGGAACAUGAAAACUGCAUGUUAACACAGAAUCCAGGAGAAUGUUAACCUUACCCUUCGAAGAACCCGCUACGAUGCCCGAGCCGCGGUUUGCUGCCAACUUUCCUCCAGAAUGCGUCGCUGAAAACAAAAGCAGAAGGCGCGAGUCGAGUCACAGAAAACUCGACGCAAGCCCGAUCUCAAAGGCUAAGGAGGCGCACGAGGAAACCUCGGAGAAGGAAGAGGACGACAGAGAGGACGACCCGGACGAGAACGGGCUGCCAAGACGAAAGGGUUCUCGGAAAAAGAAGGCGGGCACGGGACGGCAGGAAAGGGUCAAAGUGCGGCGCCAGGAAGCCAACGCUCGGGAGCGCUCGCGCAUGCACGGACUCAACGACGCGCUGGAGAGUCUCAGGAAAGUGGUACCCUGUUACUCCAAAACGCAGAAACUGUCGAAAAUCGAGACGCUGCGGCUGGCGAAGAACUACAUCUGGGCUCUGUCUGAAACCCUGAGCGUCGGCAAAAGGCCCGAUCUGCUCGCCUUCGUGCAGACAUUGUGCAAAGGGCUCUCGCAGCCCACCACCAAUUUAGUGGCGGGAUGCCUGCAGCUCAACGCCAGAAAUUUCCUCACAGAUCACAACGGGGAGGCCUCGUUCACUGGCAGGCCCGCGUACGACGCCGUUUACGCUCCUUAUUCCGGCUCCGAGACGGGCACACCCACAGGUCACGGCGGCGGCGGGACCAUGGACAGCGCCAAGCCGUUCAGACCGUACAGCUACUGCAGUUCCUACGAGUCCUUUUACGAGAACCCGUCCCCCGAGUGCACGAGCCCUCCGUUCGAGGGGGGUCCUCUCAGCCCCCCAAUUAACUUUAAUGGGAUAUUUUCCCUUAAGCACGAGGACCCCGCUGACUAUGGUAAGAGCUGCCACUACGGCAUGCGUUACUGCACGGUGCCAGCCAGGGGCUCGCUCGGCCAGAACUCCAUGUUUACCGUGUCCGCCGACAGCCAUUUCCCGUAUGACUUGCACGUGCGCGGCCAAUCUUAUGCGGUGCAGGACGAGUUAAACGCAGCUUUUCAUAAUUAACGAGAGAAAGUGAAAAGGUUGUCUCCCCUCUGCCAGCUAAUUACUGAAAACAGAUUUCUCCGCUUGACACGGACGUGAAUUAUUUAGAAUGUGUGGCGUAUUUUGUAUUUUUUUUUUUAUGUAGGAGUUUCGUCGCACUUGAAAUGGUGUUCGAUUUGUUCGUUCGUUUAUGAUAGCUACAUUUUAAAGGGGAUACUGGUCUCUUGGCUACAUCUCUCGGUGAACCCAUAGAAAGGGAAAUUCACAAUGCAGGCCUUUAUUGUUCGGUAAUCAUUGAGAAUAUUUGUAUAAAUACGAAUAUUGCUUGUAUUUGUGAAAUGAAUAGCUAUGGACGUGUACAUUUAAUCAGUUUAAUAUUUGUGCUUUAUUAAAUAUUAGAAAGGCAAACUAUUUCAAGGUCUAAACGUCCUUAUUGUUACACAAAACAUUUUACAGUCGAUUCAGAACGCUUAAAUCACAAAGCAAUAAAAGGCCAAGACUAACUAUGCAAUAAACAACGACCUUGCCCAUCUUACCAUUUCCCAUCAGAUCAGACUUAAUGGAAUACGACCAGUGAAAAUAAUGAUUGAUCCUCCCAAUUGCACUACCAAUUCUUGCCCUGUGGCACGCGCCCGUAGGUUAGCCAUAUAAAUCGUUUAACCCGGCAGGCGAACAAUUCGUUGUUUUAUGUAUAAUUGGUGUGUGUGUGGGAGGGGGGGGGGCAUGUCGUGACACAAAGAACAUUUUAACAACAUUGGACAAUUAUGUUUUCUGAACACGGCAAACAUAAUCGGGUUGCUGGAUUACUGUUGUACCUGUAUGAAUUUUAUGUGUAGUAGGCUGUUUGAAGAGUAAACGCGUGCAGGUUAUGUCGUUCUUCAGUCAGAAUGACUGAACUGCUAUCACAUAGGCCUGAAAGUAAACAAUAAAACAACGAAUGUGUAACGACGAAAACGCUGCAUUUGUGUUCAUAAUUAUGUCAUAAACUUGUGAAAAUUAAAGAGAUGAGAAGGGGGAGGUCGAGUUAUUGUCACCCCUGACUCCUCAGGAAGCGAAAUGCACGAGCACGGGUGCACGAGCCCACAUAUUCCACGAGGCUAUCGAUCGUGAGUCUUUGCACAUUUAGUGACGUCAGAAGGCUGCGUUGGUAUCUUUUUAAAAUUUUAUUCUUCAUUCAUUUUAUCGUACAGAUUUGUUUUGUUUUUUUUCUCUCCCUCACAGAGGGCUAUAGUUUACAUGUACACAGGAAUAAAUGUAUCGCAGUUGUAAGCUUUGUAGCAAUAUGCAACUUAAUUGUAUCCCCCCAUUUUUAAUUUAUGAAUGUUCAAAUCUCACCACAUAUUUCCUAUGUAGUCUAUCUUUUAUGUGUAAAAUUACGUUUACAGUGUUACAUGUGAAUCCGAGCAAUGAAAACUGCAGAAAAAAUCGCAAUGCAACUUUAGUCAGAAUUUUAGCGCGUCUCAUAAUUUUAUCACUGUUAAAAGUGCUCGCAUUAAUAAUUAGACUUUACCAUUUGGCGCGUAUCGGUUAUGUAAUGGCAUGAAUGUUUUUUUUUUUUUCAUUGUGGCUUCAGGCUUUGUACAUUUAUGCAAUUCUUUUCAUUGAUCUUUGAUGAAGAAAAAGUUGUAGAUGAGAAGAAAUUCCCGGAUGCACUAAGCUAAACUUUUCCUCCGCGCAUUUGUAUUGAACAGUUACUUUGUUUUGUAUUGCCAAACGAAUAAUAAAACGCUUAUUAAAGACA